CGCGCGGGGGGCUGUGCUCCCGCCAAAUCUCGCGAGAUCUCUCCCAGGGCCGGUGAUGGCGGCGGCUGAGGAGCUGGAGGUGGAUAUCGAAGGGGACCCGGCGACCGUACCCGGGGCCGCGGGGCCGGGAGAUCAUGAAAACACGGCUUCAAGCUUGCUGCAGGAUCACUACCUGGAUUCAUCCUGGAGAACUGGCAACAGUCUUCCAUGGACGCUGGACAGCAGCAUUAGUGAAGAAAACAGGGCUGUCAUUGAGAAAAUGCUGCUGGAAGAGGAAUAUUAUUUAUCUAAUAAAUCCCUCUCUGAAAAAAUAUGGCUCAAUCAAAAGGAAGUGGAGAAAAGAUCUGUGAAAAGCCCACAUAAGAAAACUGGAAAAGUCAUGGUCCGAUCACCUGCCAAACCAGCUAACUACUCAUUAAAGUGGACGCCAGAAGAGAAAGAGCUAUUUGAACAAGGACUGGUGAAGUUUGGCCGCCGGUGGACGAAAAUUGCCAAGCUGAUUGGCAGUCGUACUGUGCUGCAAGUGAAGAGCUAUGCUCGGCAGUAUUUUAAGAACAAGGCAAAAAAUGGUGAUUCUGAAAAAGAAGCACAAAGUCAAUGUGGGAGCAGCCUUCCCAUUGAAGAUGGGAUAAAGGUAGAAGCAUGGUCAGCUGGAAACUUGAGAGGCCGUGCAGACCCCAAUCUGAAUGCAGUGAAAAUUGAGAAGCUGUCGGAUGAUGAAGAAGUGGACAUAACUGAUGACAUGGAUGAGCUGCUUUCUCCUCCUUCCCAGCAGGAAACCAGAAAACCUGAAUUAGCUGUUAUUUCCAAAAGUGCCAUUGAAGAAACAAAAGGAGUGGAACAUGGUUCUUCAACUGUUGGACAUAGUUCUACGGGUUCUGUACAUAAAGAAGAUCCUCACCAUACCAAGCAAGAUACAGUGGAUGCAUUGGUAUUCCCAAGUGUUGCGGCAACCUGUUCUCAGCACCUGAAUGGUGAUAAACCUGUGAACUUAGAUUACCAGCAGUACAGUAAGUUUCUGGACAAAAGUGACCAAGGCAGACUAGCAACAUCUUGUGGUAUUAAACAAGAAGCUGAUCAGGAGCAGCAUGACAGACAGAGAGACCUGGCUGAUAAUGGAUUGCUCUUUCCUUCUCCCUGCCAAGUGGAUGAAGAUCAUCAGGAAGAAGCAGAGGAGCUUAAGCCACCUGAACAAGAAGUGGAGGUUGACAGGAGCAUCAUUCUGGAUGAAGAAAAGCAGGCUAUUCCUGAGUUCUUUGAGGGGCGCCAGGCCAAAACACCAGAGCGGUACCUGAAAAUUAGGAAUUACAUUUUGGAUCAAUGGGAGAGGUGUAAACCCAAGUACCUGAACAAGACAUCAGUGCGGCCGGGCCUCAAGAACUGUGGUGACGUGAACUGCAUUGGGCGCAUCCACACGUACCUGGAAUUAAUCGGAGCAAUUAACUUUGGCUGUGAGCAGGCUGUCUACAACCGCCCCCAGCCAGCGGACAGGACCCGGGCCAAGGAAGGCAAAGACACGGUGGAAGCGUAUCAGCUUGCCCAGCGCUUGCAGUCCAUGCGUACAAGACGACGGCGAGUGCGGGACCCUUGGGGAAACUGGUGUGAUGCAAAGGAUUUGGAAGGACAGACGUUUGAGCAUCUCUCUGCUGAGGAAUUAGCAAGAAGAAGGGAGGAGGAGAAACUGAAACCUGCAAAGUCUUCUAAAGGUUCAAGGCAAGCAAAAAGUUCCUUUGAUCCCUUUCAGCUGAUUCCGUGCUGCCUGUUCACUGCAGAGAAGCAGGAACCCUUUCAGGUGAAAGUAUCUUCUGAAGCACUUCUAAUAAUGGAUUUGCACUCUCACGUGUCUAUGGCAGAAGUAAUAGGGCUGCUGGGUGGAAGAUACUCGGAAGCGGAUAAAAUUGUGGAAGUUUGUGCAGCAGAGCCCUGCAAUAGUCUCAGUACAGGGCUGCAGUGCGAGAUGGACCCAGUGUCUCAGACACAGGCCUCGGAAACACUGGCUGCCAGAGGAUACAGUGUCAUUGGGUGGUACCAUUCCCACCCCGCCUUUGACCCCAACCCCUCCAUCCGAGACAUUGACACUCAAGCCAAAUACCAGAGUUACUUCUCCAGGGGUGGUGCCAUGUUCAUUGGGAUGAUUAUAAGUCCUUACAACCGAAAUAAUCCUCUCCCAUACUCUCAGAUGACUUGUCUAGUGAUCAGUGAUGAGCUCAGUUCUGACGGUUCCUACCGCCUGCCCUACAAGUUUGAGGUCCAGCAGAUGCUGGAGGAACCACAGUGGGAAUUAGUAUUUGCGAAAACCAGGUGGAUAAUAGAAAAAUACAGGUUCUGCCAUAGCAGUGUUCCCAUGGAUAAAAUUUUCCACAGAGAUUCCGACCUGACUUGUUUGCAGAAACUUUUGGAGUGCAUGAGGAAGACUUUGAGCAAGGUCACAAAGUGCUUGAUUGCUGAAGAGUUCUUGACUCAGAUAGAGAACUUGUUCCUUUCCACGUACAAGAGUGAGAAAAAGAGUGAUGCCGAAGAAAACAGGAAUCAGAGUUCGAAUGAACUGCCUGGGUGAUGGCUUUAACCAAACCAACCGAUGGAAUAUUGAUUUUUAUUGCUUUCUUUUCUUCCCUUUCUCCCCAUUAUGUUAACACCUUCAGAAUUCCCAUCCAUUUUAGCUGUAACUGUUACAGAAUCCAGUGUUAUCCCGCUGAUAAGGUACAAAGAUACUUUGAAAGCCUCCUAAUGCGUGUGACUUGGCUAGGGAGGAAUGCUUUGUACUAAUACUGUGGUGUACAGUGACACAGGAUGAACUGAUUGACAGUGUGAUGUUUGGGAUGAAGGACAUCCUGCCAGGAGUAGUGAGCUUCAGGCUUCAAGGAGAGUUUAUCCUCUCUCAAGUCAUUUUGGGAAUUAUGUCUGCAUCUCACUUGGGAUGAGUUUGCUCCUUAAUGCUUUAGAGAUUGUAAGUUUGAAUGAACUCACAACAGAGAAACUCAACUGAAAUGAAGGGUUUGUAGCUCCCUGCUUACAAACUUCCCUGAUAUCCAGUCUGAAGUGUUGCUUGGUUCUAGCUUAAUACAUUGUUUUCUGUUAUUUCCAUCCCCCCUGACACGCAUAUUGAAGGUCAUGUAGCUUCUUGGCAUGUUCUUUGCCAUCUUGCUUUUGUACUGGGGAGAAAAAGCUGACUUCUCAGUAGCGGUUGUACUUGUUUCCAGUGGAAAUGAUAACUCCUGUCUUGUUACAGGCUGCAGUCUUUCUGAUCUUCCAUUCUGCAGGGAGGUGUUCUGCUGUUCUGCCACAUCAGUGUGACUUGUCCACUUCUAAGGGCUGCUGUUUCCUGUGGAAACAAGAGCUCGACUGGCAGCAAACUGAGUGCAACAAGCAGAAAAUUAGUUGUCUUUUUAAAAAAAAAGCCCGACAAUUUUUAUAUUCAGAGUCUUCUCUAACAUGCAGCUCAGAAGAAAAACACACUGGUUUGUAUCAGUUCUGUGGUUAUAACUUCAUACAAGUCCGUAGCCAAAUGAGUUAGACAGGAUAAGACGGUUGGGGCUGUUCAGCCUGGAGAAGAGAAGCUGUGUGGAGACCUCAUAGCAGCCUUCCAGUAUCUGAAGGGGGCCUAUAGCGAUGCUGGGGAGGGACUCUUCAUUAGGGGCUGUAGUGAUAGGGCAAGGGGUAAUGAGUUCAAACUUAAACAGGGGAAGUUCAGGUUAGAUUUAAGGAAGUUUUUUGCUGUGAGAGUGGUGAGGCACUGGCACAGGUUGCCCAGAAAAGUUGUAAAUGCCCUAUCCCUGGCAGUGUUCAAGGCCGGGUUGGACAGAGCCUUAAGUGACAUGGUCUAGUGUAAGACAUCCCUGCCCAUGGCAGGGGGCUUGGAAGUGGAUGAUCUUAAGGUCCUUUCCAACGCAGACUGUUCUUUGAUUCUGCAAUUGAUCUUGAGUGAGAAGUUUCUUGACUGCAACUUGGAAAUGAGUUUCCUGAGCUGUAUCACUGUGAAUCUUUAUAAAAUGUGUGCUUUAAAGUUAGCUUUUAAAUCAUACAACAAGUUAUGUACAGUUAUUGCUCUUUAUGCAGAUUUAUCUUGGGCAAAAUUUAUCAGAGGUCUAAAAUAUAUUUGAAAAGCAAGACCUUGAGUUUAUAUCUAGAGGGGUGACAAGGGACUCAGUUCCUAUCUUAAAAAUAUAUACAUGUAUAUAUCUAGUUCUACAUAACAGAAAUGGGAUUUUAAGAUUUUGUAUGUUUGUUUUUAACUUCAGCUUUUCAGUUGUAUAGAGUUCUGAAAGGCUUUACAGUUGUAGAGUUGCAUCCCAAGGAGGGAGGUCCUGUACAGGGACUUCAGGUCACACCUCCCAAAGUGGUGUCUCUGUUACUAAGUGGAAGGUGCAGAGCCUGUUCAUCUGAAAACUUGAGCUCCUUGGUACUGGGUGGUUCUCCCAAGAGCUGUGGACUUAAAAGUACUUGCGAAUGUUCUGUGCUCUCACCUAUGCUCAGAUCCUUGCUGAGCAGCUCAAGAUCCCACCGCUGUACUGCACUUACAAGCUUGGUGUAUCCAUCUACAUAAGGCAUGUUGACUCAGACUGCAUCUAUCCUGACAUGCCAUCUUUAGGACUUCCAAAUGAAACCCAUUGCAUGGCUUUCUGUGUUUCCAGUUGAAGCUGCACUCUUGGUGAGCAAGCAUUUCUCCCCUUCUUCAUUGUGGAGUGGUUUGCAGUGUAAGGUAUUCUCUUGCAGCUUUGCAUAGGUUUACUCUCUAGAAAAAAUACCCACUGUAAAUGUACUACAAGCUGUAAUUAGGUCUGGUUUAUAGGAAGGGAAUUUUGAACCUCCUGUGUAACAGCAAUACGCAGUAGAUCAUGUUCAUUCUCCACUUAACGGUCUGGUUCAAGCCAGUGCUGGAUGUAUGUUGAUACUACUCAAGGAGUGAUAACAAUGUGCUGGCUGCUUCUCUGUUAAACGAUUAAAACGAGUUCAAGU